AUGAAGAAGUUUUUUCUUUUGUUGAACAUCUUAUCCGUCCACGAAAAUCAAGAGUUUAUCGAAAUCGUGUCGACAAUUUUAAUAAAUGGGACGAAAACGAAUUUUUUCAUCGAUUUAGGUUGACCAAAAGAAGUGCAAAUAUUGUACUCAACCAUAUUGUACCUGAUAUAACAUCUAAAACCAAUUGGAAUCGUGCUGUUGAAAGUAGGGACAAGUUAUUAUUAACACUGCGGUUUUUAGCCACCAAUAAUUUCCUAGUGUCGGCUGGGGACUUUAUUGGAAUCCAUAAAACAACCGCUGGAAGUCAUGUUUGGACGGUUCUACAAGCCUUGGCAAAAUUAAGAGCAUUGUAUAUCCGAAUGCCAUGUACUGCACAAGAAUUAGCAGAUACUAAACAAAAAUUUUAUGAAAUUGCAAGAUUUCCUAAUGUUAUUGGAGCUAUUGACUGUACGCAUGUCAAAAUUGAAUCUCCAGGUGGAAAUGAACCAGAGUUAUUCAGAAACAGAAAAAAUUUUUUUUCAAUGAAUGUUCAGGCUAUAUGUAAUGCAGAGUUAAAAUUUACUAAUGUUGUUGCAAGGUGGCCAGGUUCUGUGCAUGAUGCAAGAAUAUUUGCAAAUUCCAGCAUAAAAAAAAGUUUUGAAGAUGGAAUAUUUGCAAACAGUUUACUUCUUGGUGAUAGCGGAUAUCCUAUUUCUAAUUAUUGUGUAAUACCAAUACAUCAACCUACAACUGAUAGGGAGAAUAUAUACAAUGAGGCACAAAUAAGGACUCGGAACUGUAUAGAGAGGGCAUUUGGAGUUCUAAAGCGCAGAUUUCCCGUUUUAUCAUUGGGUAUUCGCUUAGAUAUUAAGAAAGUUCAAUGCAUUUGUGUGGUAUCUGCAAUACUUCACAAUAUUGCUAUAGACUUUAAUGAGCCAGAACCUCCUCACUUGCCAGAGGAAAUAGAAGCAGCUGUUACAUUUGGUAACGAAGUACCAGUUGAUACUAUAAAUCAAGACAACAAUAUGGGGGUUAUGACAAAUUUAUUAAGAUAUUUUGAAAAUUUAAAUUAAAUGUUGUGGCGUUGCCACUUUUAUUAUCU